AUGCGUGCCUUCCCGCCCGCCAAGCACGAUGCACUGGGCCUGGAGGAGCUGCUGACGCCGGCGGAGCGGGAGGUCCGCGACCGCGUGCGCCGCUUUGCGGAGUCUGAGAUUGCUCCCAUCAUCUCCGACUACUGGGAGCGCGCCGAGUUCCCCUUCCCGCUCGUCCCCGGCUUCCAGAAGCUGGGCAUCGGCGGCGGCCACCUGCAGGGCUACGGCUGCCAGGGCCUGAGCGUGAUGGGCGCGGCCAUGGCGGCCGUGGAGCUGGCCCGCGUGGACGGCUCCUGCAGCACUUUCUUCCUGGUCCACUCCUUCCUGGCCACCCUCACCGUCGGCCUGCUGGGCAGCGAGGCGCAGAAGCAGGAGCUGCUGCCCGAGAUGGCCGACUUCAGGCGGGUGGGGUGCUGGGCGCUGACCGAGCCCUCCAACGGCUCCGACGCCUCGGCGCUGGCCACCGUGGCGCGCCGCGUGCAGGGCGGCUGGGUGCUCAACGGCCGCAAGCGCUGGAUCGGCAACGCCACCUGGGCCGACAUCGCCGUCAUCUGGGCGCGCAACAGCGAGACCAGCCAGGUCAACGCCUUCAUCGUGCGCAAGGGCAACCCCGGGUACAGCGCCACCAAGAUGGAGAACAAGAUUGCGCUGCGGUGCGUGCAGAACGGCGACAUCAAGCUCACCGACGCAUUCGUGCCCGACGCGGACCGCAUCCCAGGCGUGUCCAGCUUCUCCGACACCAACAAGGUGCUGGCCAUCAGCCGCAUCAUGGUGGCCUGGCAGCCGGUGGGGCUGGCGCUGGGCGCCUACGACAUGUGCGCGCGCUACCUGCAGCAGCGCCGCCAGUUUGGCGCCCCGCUGGCAUCCUUCCAGCUCAUGCAGGAGAAGCUUCAGCGCAUGCUGUCCACCUGCCAGGCCAUGUGGCUCAUGGCCUGGCGCCUCACCAAGCUGUACGAGGCCGGCAAGCUGACGCACGAGCAGGCCAGCCUGGUCAAGGCGUGGACCACGCUGCGCGGCCGCGAGGUGGUUGCCCUGGGGCGCGAGCUGCUGGGCGGCAACGGCAUCCUGUCUGAGUUCCUGGUGGCCAAGGCCUUCUGCGACGCAGAGGCGUACUACAGCUACGAGGGCUCGUAUGAGGUGAACGCGCUGGUGGCGGGGCGCGGCGCCACAGGCAUCUCAUCCAUCAAGCCGCCCCGCAGCGGCAAGGUGCAGGUGCAGGCGUGA